GAUUCUUUGGCCUAAAGCUAGAAAAAAGCACUUUGUUCAUUUCCUCCAGUAAGUCACAUAGGCAGCAAUAUAUUAGAGAGUUGCAAAUUCUCAUAGCAACUUUUCUUAAGAAAAAUUACAGAUGGAUGUUGUAGUCAAAUUCCCAACCAGGGCUUCAUGCCAUGUUCCAGGAAUAAACUCAGACAUCAAAAGGAAACUCGCCCUCAGGUUUUCGCCUAGCAAAAGAACAUGCAACUUGCACAAAAAGAUGGAGACACAACAAAGAAGCAUCUGUUUCAAGAAGAAUGUCCAAAACAAAAAUUGGGAUAGCAGUAGAAUUUCAGCCAUAUUAUCAAAGAGAGGCCCCAAAUCCGGGCGAAAUUCAAUGUCUCCAGCAGAGAUAGUAGAACACUUUUACACAUGUAUUAAUGACAAAGAGCUACAACAAUUGGAUGAAUACAUAUCACAAGAUGCCUGCUUUUAUGACUAUACCUUCAUCCAACCAUUUCAAGGAAAUAAGGAAGUGAUGCAUUUCUUACAGCAGCUUACUGCUGGCAUGGGACAGAAUGUGAAAUUCAGAGUGAGAAAUAUAUGCGAGGGAGAUGAUUUGACUGUUGCGGCAAAAUGGCACUUGGAAUGGAAAAAGGAACAAAUCCCAUUCACCAGAGGUUGCAGCUUCUUUCAGUUAGCAAAAGUAGACGAAAACAUGACAAUCAGGGGAGCUGAGAUAUUUAUUGAAUCACUAAUCAAACCUGGAAGCAUAGUUCUGACUGUGUUGAAGACCGUGACUUCGUUGUUUGAUGACUUUCCAAAUGCAACUGAAUGGUUCUUAAGAAGACCUCAUGCAAUACUAAUAUGGAUGCUGAAAAUUUACAAUAUAUUUGUAGCACCUUUUAUUAAUCCACUACUAGAUGGCUACAUAAAGCUAUGGAGUUUCAUGAUACGAUUGAUAAGCUAUGCAUUCAGUGCUGCUAUGUUUAUCUCCAAGAUUAUAUUUAAGUAAAGGGUAUUAUUAUAUCUCACAUCAUUACCCAUCAUCAUCCCUGCUGCGGUUCCACCAUGUAUCCAACAACGAGAGGGCAACAAAGGGUCCUAUAACAGGAGGAAGUGGUGGAGGCCGGCUAUAGGCAACUAUUGGAUCAGCCAUCUCUUUAGAAGCUAGCCCCAUUUCGCCAGAUUCAUUAUUCUCUUGUUUCUUAGGUGUUAAUGUCGCCAAUAUACCUAUAUCAAUACAAAAUAUCAUUUCAAAA